CCGCCACACAAACCCCCCCGCCCCCCCUCCGUCUCCGAGCGCUCUUCGACCUCACCGACAAGGCUCGCUCAUUUCUCCCCGACCGCCAUCGAUCGCCGCGCUCCGAGGUUUAGUCUGGGAGCGCAUACAAUCAAACUCUACAAAAAUUUGAGGUAGUAAAUUGUCAAUUGGAACUGGGGGCUUCUUGCGCCAGUCUUAUUGACUAAAGAACCAGAAAACCUCGAGUGAUAUGUUGUCAAAAUCAUGUGCCAAUCUUUUAGAAUUGGGAUCUGACAAUACAAUGGACUUCAGUACUUCUGUUAAAUCACUUCCCAGAGUGAUGACAAGCCCAGGAAUAAUAAAUGACUUAGAUGAAGGAACCAGCACUAAUGAAGAUUCAUGUUCUUCUAAAUUAUCAUCUCAGGAUCGCAAAAUAAUAGUAGCAGACUUUCUUCCGCUAAACUCUAUGAAGGACCAAGCAACUGGACAAUGGUGCUUCACAUGGGAUCAGGACUCACUUCUGCUACAACUGAAAGAUGGAUUUUCUUCUGAUACUGAAGUCAUAUACGUAGGAUGUCUGGAUGCUGAUAUAGAUAUUAGUGAGCAAGAAGAAGUUUCUCAAAAGCUUAUGGAAGAAUACAAAUGCAUGCCAACAUUCCUCUCACCUGAACUCUUUCAGAUGUACUACCAUGGGUUCUGCAAGCAGCAAUUAUGGCCUCUUUUCCAUUAUAUGCUUCCUAUCUGCCUUCAUAAGGGUGAUCUCUUUGACCGAUCUCUUUUUCAAGCCUACAUUUCAGCAAAUAAAAAAUUUGCAGAGAAGGUUAUGGAGGUAAUUAAUUCAGAUGAUGACUAUGUGUGGAUCCAUGAUUAUUAUCUGAUGCUUCUUCCAACAUUCUUAAGAAAACGACUGAAUCAAGUCAAGAUUGGUUUCUUUCUCCACAGCCCAUUUCCCUCAUCAGAAAUAUACCGGACAUUACCGGUCAGAGAGGAAAUACUCAAAUCAUUGCUUAAUGCUGAUUUAAUUGGCUUCCAGACAUAUGAUUAUGCACGUCACUUCUUGUCUUGUUGUAGUAGGAUGUUAGGACUGCAUUAUGAAUCCAAACGUGGUUAUAUUGGACUUGAAUAUUAUGGUCGCACAGUGAGCAUCAAGAUUCUCUCUGUUGGUAUACAUAUGGGCCGGCUUCAAUCGGUACUGAAUCAUCCUGCUACAGCUUCAAAAGUUCAAGAAAUUGAGAAAAAUUUCAAGGGGAAGAAAUUGCUACUUGGUGUGGAUGACAUGGAUUUAUUUAAAGGCAUUAGCUUAAAAUUGCUAGCUUUCGAGCUUUUGUUGGAAAGACAUCCAACUCUAAGAGAAAAAAUUAUCCUUGUGCAGAUUGUAAAUCCCACAAGAAGCAUGGGAAAAGACGUGAAGGAAGCAAUAGAAGACACAUUGUUAAUAGCUGAAAGGAUUAAUAAUUCCUAUGGUACUCCAAGCUAUGAGCCGGUGGUGCUUAUUGACAAGCCUAUACCUUUUCAUGAAAAAAUUGCUUUCUAUGUGGCAGCAGAAUGUUGCAUUGUAAAUGCUGUUAGGGAUGGCAUGAACUUGGUUCCCUAUGAGUACGUAGUUUGCAGGCAGGGAACUGAGGAGAUGGACAAAUCUAGGGGUUUUCAUGUUGGCUCUACACACACAAGCACGCUUAUUGUAUCUGAGUUUGUUGGUUGCUCUCCAUCACUUAGUGGAGCCUUUAGGGUCAAUCCUUGGAGCAUUGAGGAUGUGUCUGAUGCUCUAUAUCGAUCAAUUAAUUCAGGAGAGACGGAGAGACAAAUGCGACAUGAAAAACAUUAUCGUUAUGUCAGCACCCAUGAUGUAGCUCACUGGGCUCGCAGCUUUUCUCAGGAUUUGAAGAGAGCAUGCAAAGACCAUUACAGUUGGAGGUGCUGGACUCUUGGAUUUGGCCUAAAUUUCCGUGUCCUAUACCUUUCACCCAAUUUUAGGAAAUUAAUGUUAAAUCAUCUUUUUUCUUCCUACAAGAAUACUCAUAGAAGGGCUAUAUUUCUGGACUAUGAUGGCACCAUUAUGCCUGAAGCAUCUGUUAACAAGACCCCAAGACAAGAAACAUUAUCUAUCCUGGAUAGCCUGUCCACCGAUCCAAAUAACACGGUGUUCAUUGUCAGUGGAAGAGGCAGGGCAUCUCUUGGUGAGUGGUUUACCUCAUGUGAAAGCCUGGGAAUUGCUGCUGAACAUGGCUAUUUCAUUAGGUGGAGAAAGGAUGCUGAGUGGGAGUCCAGUUCGCUUCUUGUUGACUUAGACUGGUUGAAGAUAGCAGAACCAGUUAUGCAGUUAUAUACUGAGACCACAGAUGGUUCAUACAUAGAACUAAAGGAGAGUGCAAUUGUAUGGCAUUAUCAGUAUGCAGAUCACGACUAUGGUUCCUGCCAAGCGACAGAAUUGCUGGAUCAUCUUGAGAGUGUUCUGACCAAUGAACCAGUGGUGGUCAAGAGGGGUCAGCAUAUUGUGGAAGUAAAGCCUCAGGGAAUUGGUAAGGGGCUGGUUGUGGAGAAUCUUAUUGGGACUCUGAACAAGUGUGGGAAGCCACUAGACUUUGUGUUGUGCAUCGGGGAUGAUCGAUCUGAUGAAGACAUGUUUGAAAGUAUCAACAGUAUAGCUUCAAGUAAUCUAUUUCCUUUUGUCCCCGAAGUCUUUGCAUGUACAGUUGGUCAAAAGCCAAGUAUGGCCAAAUAUUAUGUUGAGGAUACCGAUGAAGUCAUAAGGCUAUUACAAGGAAUUGCUUCAGUUUCAAAUCAAGAGCAUAGGGUUACAUACAAUCAGCUUCCCAUAGAAAGGUCAAGUUGAGGUUGUUUCUCUUUUUACCAGGCUUUUUGUCCAGUUUCUGUUUAGUAGAAUCUGUGCAUUCUGAUGGUCUCUGUUUGCUGACAAGAUUUAGGCCUUCUUCCUUGCCAUCCUCCAGAUUGAAUGACUUUAAAUGCUUCAUGCACCUAAGGCAAUUUUUCUAACCAAUUCACAAAAUAUUAUCGUAUUUAUUGAA